AUGAAGGGAGAGGAAGCAGAGGCCAACGCAGAGGGGGUGGAGGAGGAGAAGAAGAGGAAGAAGAAGGUCAAAAGUGGAACUCAACUUUCAGUAUAUGACACAGUAUUGGUAGGAAAAGAUUUACACCUGCAGAUUCAAGCCAGAGCAAUCCCAUCACUAUUGAUCGGAAAAGAUGUCCUCGGAGCUGCUAGGACAGGAUCCGGGAAGACUCUUGCUUUUCUUAUACCAGCUUUGGAGUUGCUAUAUCACACAAAGUUUACUCCUCGUAAUGGAACGGGUGUUGUUGUCAUUUGCCCAACACGGGAACUUGCAAUUCAGACCUAUGCCGUGGCUAAGGACCUUCUGAAGUACCACUCACAUACUGUUGACUUGGUUAUCAGUGGUGCAGCUAGGAGAGGUGAAGCAGAACGUCUUGUAAAAGGAGUAAAUCUAUUGGCUGCAACCCCUGGUCGACUUCUUGACCAUCUCCAGAAUACCAAGGGAUUCAUAUAUAAGAACUUGAAGUGCCUCAUAAUUGAUGAAGCUGAUAGGAUUUUGGAAGCAAACUUUGAGGAAGAAAUGAAACAGAUUAUUAAGCUUCUACCCAAGAAAAGGCAAACAGCUUUAUUUUCAGCAACCCAAACUAUGAAGGUUCAAGAUCUUGCUAGAUUUUCGUUGAAAGAACAUCACUUGAUUGAUGUUGAUGGUGGAAGAACUAAGGUCACCAAUGAAGGGCUGAAACAAGGCUAUUUUAUUGUGCCUAGUGAGGAGAGAUUUAUUCUCCUAUAUUCUUUUCUGGUGGCGACUCGGUCUAAGAAAGUGAUGGUCUUCUUCCCUUCUUGUAACUCAGUCAAAUUCCACUCUGACCUUCUUAGAUACGUUAAUGUGGAUUGCUUUUAUAUCCAUGGAAAGCAAAAGCAGGAGAGGAGGACAAAAACUUUUUUUGACUUCUGCAAAGCUGAGAAAGGAAUCUUACUCUGUACUGAUGUUGCUGCUCGUGGCCUGGAUAACUGCUGUGCUCGAGGGGAAGGUGGAAAAGGAAAGGCAUUUCUUUUCCUCAUACUCGAAGAGAUGCAAUUUAUUCGCUAUUUGAAGGCUGAAAAAGUCCCCGUUGAAGAGCAACAAAUUAAUAAGAAUAAGCUGAAAAAUGUGCAGUCUCAACUGGAGAAGAUGGUUGAGGGCAACUACUAUCUGCGCCAAGCGGCAAAAGAAGCAUAUAAAUCUUAUUCACACUCUAUGAAGGAUAUCUUUAAUGUGGUCGCAGCUUCAUUUUGCUUUUCAAGUCUUCCCAAGGUGAAUUUGAACUUAAACAGCAGUGCAUCAAAGUUCCGGAAGAAGAUGCACAAAGUAGGAGGAAGUCGAAAUGGAUUCAGCGAGAGCAAUACUUAUGGAAUGCAAAAAGGGAGAGAUGAAAUUCGACAAUUUGUGAAGCAUUAG